AUGCAUAGCUCCCUCGCCAGGCAGCUGGCUCUGCCUGUCCGGCCCGGCUGCGCGGAUCCCGGCCGCCUUGAUCGAUCCGGCUCGCUCCGGUGCCGCGCCGAGGCCGCGCCGCCGGCGUCUGUCGCUAGGACGGGACCGUACACCGGGAGGGACCCGGAGGUGAAGAAGCCGGCGUGGCUGCGGCAGCGGGCGGCGCAGGGCGGUAAGUACGCGCGGAUGCGGGAGUCGCUCAGCGAGCUCAAGCUCAACACCGUCUGCGUCGAGGCGCAGUGCCCCAACAUCGGCGAGUGCUGGAACGGAGGAGGAGGGGCGGGCGGGGAAGGGGACGGCAUUGCCACCGCCACCAUCAUGGUGCUCGGUGAUACCUGCACGCGCGGCUGUCGGUUCUGCGCCGUGAAGACUAGCAACAAGCCUGCGCCGCCGGAUCCCAUGGAACCUCUGAAUACUGCCCUCGCCGUCGUCAGUUGGGGAGUAGACUACGUUGUGCUCACAAGUGUUGACAGAGAUGACUUACCUGAUGGUGGAAGUGACCAUUUUGUUCAGACAGUGAGAGCUCUGAAGGAGCUCAAACCUGGGAUAUUGGUGGAAUGCUUAACCUCAGAUUUCCGAGGUGAUCUGGAGGCUGUUUCCUCUUUGGCAAAUUCUGGUCUAGAUGUCUUUGCUCACAACAUUGAAACUGUGAGGAGUCUGCAAAGAAUUGUGAGGGAUCCUCGAGCAGGAUAUGAACAGAGCUUAUCUGUUCUGCAGCACGCCAAAAAUUGCAAAGAAGGCAUGAUAACCAAGUCUUCUAUCAUGCUUGGUCUUGGAGAAACUGAUCAGGAGGUGAGACAGGCCAUGACUGACUUAAGGGCCAUUGGUGUUGAUAUUCUCACAUUGGGCCAGUAUUUGCAGCCAACAGAUAAGCAUUUGACGGUAAGAGAGUAUGUGACUCCUGAGAAGUUCCAGUUUUGGAAGGAGUAUGGAGAAUCGACUGGUUUUCGCUAUGUUGCGAGUGGACCUCUGGUUCGGUCAUCAUACCGUGCAGGGGAACUCUUUGUGGAGAAUUUGGUCAGGAAUCAGAAAGCCAAACCUGCAGCUUCCUCCUCUUAACCAAUAUGCCUUCAUACAGAAGCAAGCCAUCGGAUUCCUCUGAUGCCCUGAGCAGCACCAGAAAAGGAUGGCGACAUAAUCAUUCUAUUCUUGUAAAAGUUUAUCCCCUGCUUUUCUUUUUUGGAUAGCAUAGACCCAUUUGAUCUUUACAGUAGAUGCCAUUGUUGGAUAGACCAAAUUGAGGAUGUCAUUUGUUGGUUGUUGUAUGUGUAUCGUUGCAACCACAUAUGAAAAGCUGUCCGUGAAUAGUCCAUAUGAA